AAAUGGUUGAUGUUUUUCUAUUCGGGAUUUUCACAGUACUUGCAAUUUUCUGGAUUCUUAGAAAGAAUGGACGGAAAGGAAGAAGGAUUCCUGGGCCUAAAGGUCUACCCUUGGUGGGUUGCGUUCUAGAAGUGAAAGAAGAAAAUAUUCACACGAAGUUCUCCGACUAUGCAUAUGAGUAUGGUAACAUAUUUCAAUUCAAACUAAUGAAUGACACUAUUAUUGGACUGAAUUCUGAACAUUUAAUCAGACUGGCCUACGCGCAAGAUGGGUAUAAGGAAUACCUUAACGACAAGCCGGCAACUUUCUACGCGGAAAUGUUACUCUAUGGCUCUCAAAGUACGGAGUUCUGUAAGGAUGGAUAUAGUGCAGAACAUACUGCUUAUAGAAAAGGUUUUACAAACGUAAUGAAAGUUUAUGGAGCCGGAAGCGACUCUACCAUUGAGGAAAUGUUUAUGACAGAAAUAAAAAGGGGACUGAUGAAGAGAAUUGAAGGUUACAAUGGCAGAGAUUUCGAGAUCGCUUACGAGCUAAAACGAUCACUAGCAAACACGUUGUCCUGCUUGUUUAGAGGCGAACCUUUCGACGACAAUGACCCAAACGCUAGCAUCUUUGACGAUUUUAGUGAUUGUGUAGACUAUUUUUCAAAUGCAAGUGUCAACAAUGUUUUGACAACGUUGCCUUUCCUUCGUUACAUGCCGGGACCUUACGGAAAACAGUUUGCUAAAGCUCUGAAGACAAGAGAAACUAUUAUCAACAUUUUCUUCAAGGAACAAAAGGAAAGUCAUGUACCUGGUGUUAUUAGAGGUGUUGUGGACAAGUUCCUGGAAGAACAACGGAAAGACAGAGAAGCAGGUCAAGAACCGUUCUAUACAGAUGAAAGAAUCAUCUGCCAAAUAUUAGAAAUAGCGGCUAAUGGUAAGUUAAUAUAAUAACCAAUGCGUCCUAUAAAUGUUGAACAACAGAAUCUUAUUGUGUCAUUGCGAGGUAUUGUCCUCCUUUAUUUUAUCUUUUCAUUACUUUUAUUCCCGCCUGAAAAACUGAAAUUUCAUCACGUUACAAAGCUUUUUACCCAUGUUCUUUUUACGUAUAAGAAAAACUUAAAAGUUUGUUGGGUAGUUUUGAAAAGUGUGUGUUCUUGUAUUGUGGUUUUUCCUUGUCUUCUUUCAUUCAGUGAAU